AUGCUGCGCCGCAGCCGCCUGCGCAGCACGCCAGAAGCGCCGCCGCGCGAGGAGAGUGAAUUGGAGGAGGGCGAGGUGGUGGAAGGCGGGCCAGGGGACAGCGGCGCUUGCGCCAUCUCGUCCUACGGCCACACCGGUGGCGCCGGCAGGCGCCCCGGGCGUUCCAGCAGCCGCGGGGGUGGCAGCGUGCGCACCGGCGGCGACGGUUGCCCAGAAGACUCCCUGUGCAGCAGCGCGAGCAGCGACGGCGACGUCGACGGCGACAGCAGCAGUGACAGCGACGGCCUGUGCCGCCUGCUGCGCUGCCUCCAUGCUGCCUGCGACGCGCUGCCGCGCGGCGAACGCGGCGCCGCGCGAGCCAUCCUCCCGCUGCUGCGGCCGCUGCUGCCGUGCGCGCGGCGCAUGCGGGCCUGCGACCUGGCGGGCGUCCUGUCUAGCUGCUGCGUUGGCAGGCCCGACGGCUCAAAGGGGGAUGUAGAGCUGCGCUGGCAGCUGUGCGAGCUGUGCGGCUCGGCCGGCGCUGCCGCGUUUGAGGGGGCGCCGCAUCGUGCCGCAGAGGCGCUGUACGCGCUCGGCCGCGCCGGCGUGCACCCGCGGCGCUUCGUGGACGGGCUGCUGGCAUGCAUUUUCGGGGGCGCGGCCGGCUGCUUCAGCGGCACCUGCGCCUGCAUCGGCGGCUGCGGCUCCGCCAGCGGCGGGGGCAGCUGCGAUGACGCCGGCAGAGGAUGUGAGGCGGGCGGUUCGUGGGCGCGGCAGCUGCGCCGGCUGGCGUCGCGGCAGCUGCAGCUGACUGCCGCCGCGCUCGCCACGCUGCGUGCGCCCGAGGAGUGCGCGGCGCCUGUCGGGGCUCUCGUGGGGGAGCUGUGCGCGCGGCUGGAGGCGGGCCCGGAGGACAUGUACGCUGCGCGCGUGUCCGCGGUGGAGGCAAUCAACGCGUCGUGGGCGGCCGCCAUAUCAGACCAGCGGGGCCUGGCGGGCGGUGUGACGCAGCUGUGCCGCCACGCCGCGGGGCUGCCGGGGUGGCACCGGCUGUCGCCGGCGAUGCUGACGCAGGUGCACAUGUGGCUCGUGGACUGCAUCGACCCGCAGCCCCCGGCGCGCCGCAGCAGCGACGACGGCGGCGGCCGCGACCGCCGCGGUGACGGCGUCAACAGCGACGAUGACGACAGCGAUGACAAUGACCUGGCUGGCCGUGGCCACUGGGACGCCGACGCUGAUGACGGCGGCGGCGACAAAGACGAGUCCCACAGCAGCCACGGGCGCCGCCGCGGCAGCAGCCGCAGCAAGAGCCGCAGCCGCGGCGGCCGCGCGUCUGCCGAGGGCCUCCAUGAUGUGUUGUCGGCCUGCCGCCUGCAGGCCUGCCGCUCCGCCUGGCUCGGCGGCGCCCGCGACCCGCGCACCUCCGAGCUGCAGCGGCAGGUGUUCGACCGGCUGCGCCAGAUGCGCGGCGUCGUGGAGGGCUGCCGGCUCGAGGCCCCGACGCACGGCGGCGGCUACCGGUCUGUCGACAUCGCCGCCGUACAUUCCGCCAGCCGCCGCGAGCUGGCCAUCGAGGUGGACGGGCCCUCGCACUUUUUGCUGCUCGUCGAUGACGCCGCCGCCGACGGCCGCGGCGGCGCCGGGGACGCGGAAGCCGACGCAAGCCGUGUCGGCGCCUGCGCCAACGGCGGCGGCGGCGUUUGGGCGGUGCGUGGGGAGACCGCCGCGAGGGACCGCGCGCUCGAGGCGUCAGGGUACGUCCCCGUCAGCGUGCCGUUCUGGGCGUGGUCCGCCGCCGGCGGGGCCGCCGCCGCGGCCGCGCGGGUCGCGCGCGCGCAGCUGGAGGCGAAGCGCGCGCGAGGGGACUGGGAGGCGGCGGAGGGCGAGCAGGAGCGGGCGCAGGCGCUGCUGCUGGAGCACCUCAUUGCGGCGGCGGUGGAGAGGGCGCAGGCUGGCGACCCCUGCGGCGCUGCGGAGCCGGCGCCGUCCCGCGAGGGCAGCCGGCUGCCGCCGCUGGUGCUGGCCGCCGCGACGGUCUCCGGCGCGGAUGCCGCUUCGUGCGGACUGCCGUGGUUGCUGCCGGCGCGGCAGGUGGCGCGGCAGCCGGAAGGCCAGCAGCAGCAGGCGUGCGGCCAGCACCGGGUCACCCCCGACCGUUCCAAGCGCGCGCGCCGCGACGCGCCGCGCUGGGUGCAGCACGAGCAGCUGCGCGCAGCCGGCAGCGCCGUUGCUGCGGGUCACAUUGCCGCUGCCACCGCUGCCGCCGAGCCCUUGCGAUGGGGCGCCGCCGCUUGA